CCGAAAUUGUUUACAUAAUUACCUAUUCCAGACGAGAAACAAAAGCUACAAGCCGAGCGAUAUGGCGGCUAUUUCGGGAGAAGAACCCGUUUUCAAACGCAGGCGGGUAGCCCAGGCAUGCCAGACAUGUCGCAAGAUGAAGGCCAAGUGCGAUGGUCGGAAGCCUGAGUGCAGUCGCUGUGUGGGUUACGGCUUCACUUGUCUGUAUGCUAAGACCAGGUCCAGGCGUCACGAAGUAAAUGAAGAUGACGGCUGUGAUGGACCAAGGUCCAAUGCCAUUGAUGAGCUUCGAGAUGCCAUCAAUGGUUACGACGACUUGGCUCAUCGACUCUCAUCUAAAAAGAAGCAGGACAAGUUUGACCCAAAAGAAUUACACAAUCAAGUCAAAGACAGAGUCAAGAAAGCCCUCGAUCGAGUCGCUGACACUCGAGCCGCUGACAUCGCUUCGCCUUCUGACCAGGAUCGAGCAUCCCAGUUGACAUCGUCACAAAAUCAACAUCGAUACUUGGGAGAAGUCAGUGACGUUCACUUCUUCAAUCUGGUCAAGGGAUUUCUACAAACCAAAGAUCUGUCUAAUCCAGAGCAAGACUUUGACAGCUACGAACAAGAUGGGGAAGUCUGGACGACUAAUAAUGAAAGCAAUGGACCUACCCUGCUCCCUGGAUUCGCCCAAACGAGAGACCUCGUCAAGGUAUACUUUUCUACUAUCCAUAUUGCGUAUCCAUUCAUUCCACAGUCUACCUUCAUGGAGAGUCUAGCAGGGCAAGGCGGAAUUCCGAAAAACGCGACUGAUCUCGCCAUUUUAUAUGUCAUCUGUGCCAUUGGAUCAUAUUAUACGUCGUUUCCUGGACGAGACUCGGAUUCACGAACUCGUCACGAGCGCUACUUUCACCAUGCCAUGGGCUUGACUGCAGCAACGAGCCGUCAUCACUCUAUCCACCAAGUUUCACUACUACUCGUACAAUGCUUCUAUUUACUAGCUGUAUCCAGGACUGAUAGUUGUUGGACUACGCUCGGACAAGCAGUCCGUAUAGCUCAAAGCAUAGGGCUGCAUGUUGAGCUUCCGAAUUCCAAGUCUAGAAGUGCCACCGAGAUAGAACGCAGACGAAGGACAUGGUACUCGAUCUAUGUCCUUGAUCGAUUGCUAUCUCUUCAGUUAGGUCGACCACCAGCAAUUCAUGAUGAGGAUUGUAGCGUGGCACUACCGUCUCGGCGUGCUGACGAUGAGAUUGACUGGACUUCCAACACUAUUGAUACCGCAACAGAAGGCCCGUCAGCAGGUGAUUACUUCAUUUCGGUUAUUGGGUUUUCCCGCAUCGUGGGCUGCGUACUGCGCGAUAUCUAUGGCCCAGCCCAUUCGAGACCUACCCCAGAAAUGAUAUUGAGUACACAGACACUCGAUCACAGGCUUAUCGAAUGGAAACUGAGCCUGCCUCGAAAGCUACGCUUCGAUUUGGGACACUCAUUCGACCAGAACAAUACCUUUAGACGUCAGAGAAAUAUGCUUGCAAUCAAAUUCCAUCAUCUGCGAGCCCUCAUCCACCGUCCCUAUUUGUGUUACCCUCUUUUACGACAACGGGAUGACUCGCCUAUGAGCAUGUCACAGCUAGACUGGCCACUGAUUGCCGUCUUCGAGAAGAUCUGUAUCGAUGAAGCCCAAGGGACUGCUCGUCUUCUCCAUCACGUUUCCGAUGAACAGGAAUUAGUUCACGAGUUUCCCUGGUGGCAGAUGAUAUCUUGUCUGAUCUGUGCUGGGUCCAUAUUGCUUGUGUCGAGCAUCUUUGCCCAACAGCCUGAUGAUCAUAGUGGAUUUGACAGCGAAGGUCUGCGUGAUGAUGCGGAAACAUGCCUGAAGAUAUUUGAGGCGCUUAGCAGCAACUCGAAGAGUGCAAGGAUAGCGAGAAACAUGAUUCAAGGUCUAAAGCAAUCUGGCUCAGAAUGGCGAAAACAGGCCGGGAGAGAGGCUGACACGGUCCUAUUCCAACAAGCCUUGAGGCAAUGCGAUAAUUCCAUGCCGCUUCAACAUGCUUCUUCUUCUGGAGGCCCAUUGGCACAAGAGAUGCUAGGUCUGGAGGGCCAGAACGUUGAGUUCUUAUCAGAGGCCAUAUCAACUCCACAGAGUUGGCCAGCCGAGAUUAUAGAUUCCAUGGCUUGGUCUUCGCAGUUCUUGGACACGAUUCAAGGAGAUGGAAGCUGGACUUGAAUGCGAAAGAGCAUGACUUGCGGUUCCCGUCAAUGUCUUCGUAAGGUCUUCUUCAAAACUAAGGAAAUAGUCUCUGGCCGAAAGCUUGCAAUAUAGGGGUUUGAACUAGUGUCGUCUUUAAAGACACCAUGUCAAAUAAAUCUACCAGUCCUAAAUAGUAUGUCCUAUUUGUCUCAGAGAAUGACCAAGAGGUCAUCU